AUGGAGUCGGUAAAACAAAGGAUUCUGACCCCUGGCAAGGAGGGGCUGAAAAAUUUCGCUGGAAAAUCCCUUGGUCAACUCUACAGAGUCCUAGAAAAGAAGCACAAGACCGGCGACAACAUCGAGUUGACAGAAGAUGGGAAACCCUUGGACGUGCCCGAGAAGAAAGCGCCCUUCUGCGACUGCACCUGCUUUGGGCUACCGCGGAGAUACAUCAUUGCCAUCAUGAGCGGCCUGGGCUUCUGCAUCUCUUUUGGGAUCCGCUGCAACCUGGGAGUAGCCAUCGUGGAUAUGGUCAAUAACAGCACUAUUCACCGAGGAGGAAAAGUCAUUAAAGAGAAAGCGAAGUUUAACUGGGAUCCGGAAACAGUUGGCAUGAUCCACGGCUCUUUUUUCUGGGGAUAUAUAAUCACGCAGAUCCCCGGGGGAUAUAUUUCAUCCAGGCUGGCAGCAAACAGGGUAUUCGGUGCAGCUAUCCUAUUGACAUCCACUCUCAAUAUGCUAAUACCAUCAGCAGCUCGAGUACAUUAUGGAUGUGUCAUCUUUGUCAGAAUCUUGCAAGGUCUUGUUGAGGGUGUAACUUAUCCAGCUUGCCAUGGAAUAUGGAGCAAAUGGGCACCUCCUUUAGAGAGAAGUAGACUAGCAACUACUUCUUUCUGUGGUUCCUAUGCAGGUGCAGUCAUUGCAAUGCCAUUGGCUGGGAUUUUAGUGCAAUAUACUGGAUGGUCUUCUGUGUUCUAUGUGUAUGGAAGUUUUGGCAUUGUCUGGUAUAUGUUUUGGCUUUUGGUCUCAUACGAGAGCCCUGCAAAGCAUCCCACAAUUACAGAUGAAGAACGCAGAUACAUAGAAGAGAGUAUUGGAGAGAGUGCCAAUCUUUUAGGAGCAAUGGAGAAAUUCAAGACUCCAUGGAGAAAAUUUUUUACUUCUAUGCCUGUCUAUGCAAUCAUUGUUGCAAACUUCUGUAGAAGCUGGACUUUUUAUCUGCUGCUAAUUAGUCAGCCUGCUUACUUUGAAGAGGUGUUUGGAUUUGAAAUAAGCAAGGUGGGAAUGUUAUCCGCUGUGCCACAUUUAGUGAUGACUAUUAUUGUGCCUAUUGGGGGACAAAUUGCAGACUUUCUAAGAAGCAGACAAAUUCUUUCAACCACUACUGUCAGGAAGAUUAUGAACUGCGGAGGUUUUGGCAUGGAAGCAACUCUUCUCUUGGUGGUUGGAUAUUCUCAUAGCAGAGGUGUGGCCAUUUCCUUCUUAGUGCUGGCUGUGGGCUUCAGUGGAUUUGCUAUAUCUGGAUUCAAUGUUAACCACUUAGAUAUUGCCCCAAGAUAUGCCAGUAUCUUAAUGGGGAUUUCAAAUGGAGUUGGGACAUUGUCUGGAAUGGUGUGUCCUAUAAUUGUUGGAGCAAUGACAAAGAACAAAACACGCGAGGAGUGGCAGUAUGUCUUCCUUAUUGCUGCUUUGGUCCAUUAUGGGGGUGUCAUUUUCUAUGGUAUAUUUGCUUCUGGAGAGAAACAACCGUGGGCAGACCCAGAACAGACAAGUGAAGAAAAAUGUGGCUUUAUUCACGAAGAUGAACUUGAUGAAGAAACAGGGGACAUUACUCAGAAUUAUGUAAAUUAUGGUACCACUAAAUCUUACGGUGCUAUGACCCAGGUCAAUGGUGGCUGGCCAAAUGGUUGGGAGAAGAAAGAAGAAUUUGUACAAGAAGAAGCACAAGACUCAUAUAGCUAUAAGGAAGGAGAAGAGUAUUCAUAA